GAUAUUGUAAUAUUGUAAUUGCGGCAAUCGUCUUAUCAGUUAUUAAGAAGUAGCCAAUAUGAAUACAUCGAUAAAUAAAAAUAAAAGCAAGGAUGAGCGUCGCGCAAACCAUAAUAUGGAAAAUUCCAUUGAAAAAUUGAGUAAUGGAUUAAUUCAAUUAAAAAUGCAUGUUGCACCAGCAUUUUUCAAAGUCAUUACUGAUUUUAAAGAUCUCCAAACGGAGUCGUCUUCUGAAAUUCAUGUACCACCUCGCGGUAUUUUUAAUCAAGAACCUUACAUUAAAAUUAAAGGGAAAACAAGCGAUACCGUGAAUGAAGUUAAAAGGCAAAUCGAUUUCAAAAUACAUAACGCAAGGCAAAAGCUAGUAUCGAAACAUUUUUAUGGCGUAGUUUUGUGUGGUGAAAUUCGUGAAAAAUUCGUCACAUUCAAAAAACAAAUCUUAGCCGCUCAAAUUCCCGGCAUCGGUGAAAAUCUAUUUCGCAGUGAUGGUCAUUUGCAUAUUACGUUUGGUAUAUGCCUAUUGGCAGAUGAAAUUGAAGAACAAAAAGCAAUAACUUUAUUGCAGAGCUGCGGUGAAUACGUGCAUGAUAUGAAAACGCCCUUUAAAAUUCAUGCCAAAGGUUUGACAUUCAAAGGCGAUAACCCAAGUGCCGUGCGUACUUUGCGGGCUGGUAUUGAUUGCCCUGAUCUCAUCAAAUUUGCUAACCAUUGUACAAAACGCUUCAAUGACAGCGGACUCGGACGGAAGGACUUUUCAUCGAAUCAUGAGACAUUGCAUGUCGCCCUUAUGGAUGCUGGUCACAGUGGUCGCCGCAUAAAGUCAACCAUAAAUCCUUUUGACGCUCGCGAAAUUUUUCAGCGUUGGGGGGACUACGAUUUCGGUACAGUGGACUGCACGGAAGUUAAGCUAUGCGUCAUUGUUUCUCCAACUUCUAAAGAAUACUAUAAAGUGUUUAGCACUGUUCAGUUUUAAUGAAUUUUUUUUUUUUUGUUUCAAUGAAAUCCCCGCUGUUCUGCCAAACAAUUGACAUAUUAAUAAAAUAACAAAUAUCUUCCAAGUUACAAUAUAUGUUCUAGUUCAGCCGUUCACGCGUUGCAGAAGACGAAAAAUGGACACAGGUCUACUUAUUUAUAGAUUUGUUUAUUAUAAGAUAUGCGAAAUUGCUAUAUUUACUUUAUAAAGUAGUAGUUGCUUUUCGCCGUGGAUACCGAAAUCGACUUAGGUUUGCUUUCCCGUAAGUUACGCAAACUUUUGCUCUCCGCCAGCUACUAAAAGAUCGUGUAUAAGUAAGAUCGAGAAUCUAUGUAUGAUACGUAGCAAGAGAUUUGCUAAGUUGGAUAUUAUUUCCCCUUUCCAUCCAUCAAAGAAAAUCCGCAAUUCGCAACCCAUAAAUAAUAAAC